AUGCCACACGCAAACGACCACGGUGCUGGCCACGGCGGCGGCCAGAGCAACGCGACGGGGUGGCCCAACACGACCAAGCACCACGACGGCGGGCACAAGCCCGAGCCCCACGCCCACGGCGGCGCCCACACGACGGGCAACAUGAGCGGCGGCGUCGGCAAGCAAGGCAACCAUUUGGGCGGCAACCAAGGCGGAAGGAUGAUGUACCAUGUCCCUGCCUGA